AUGGCGGCGGGCAGCGCACGCUACGUGCGCUACAUCCUCCUUGCCUUUUUUGUUAUCGCCGUUCUUUACUUCAUCUCUACCCCGACAUCCGUCGUGACCCCCCUAAAAGAUAACUUUGGCAAAUUCCAACAAUCCACCGGAAACUCGAAGCCAUCGACUGGAAGUACUACCGGAAGUACCACCGGAGGCACCACCGAAGUUGCCCACGAUGAGAAGACACCCACUAAGAGCAAUGGCGCCGACUACGAUCCUGCCCAGUACCCGUUGGCCAUGACUCCGAAUGACCCGGGCUGGAACGACUUAUCUGGCGUUAAGGGCGGCCCUCGCAUGAACGCGACCUUUGUCACCUUGGCUCGCAACGCCGAUGUAUGGGAAAUUGCAAAGUCGAUCCGCUCAGUCGAGGACCGUUUCAACCGCCGCUACAACUACGACUGGGUCUUCCUCAACGACAAGCCGUUUGACGAAACCUUCAAGAAGGUUACCUCCUCGCUUGUCUCCGGCAAGACGUACUAUGGCGAGAUUCCGACCGAGCACUGGUCGUUCCCGCCUCACAUCGACCAGGAGAAGGCCAAAAAGGUUCGCGAGGACAUGAGACAGCGCAAGAUCAUUUACGGUGACAGUAUCAGCUACCGCCACAUGUGCCGUUUUGAGUCCGGCUUCUUCUUCCGCCAGCCCCUCAUGAUGAACUACGACUACUACUGGCGCGUCGAGCCGAGCGUCGAGUUCCACUGCGACAUCCACUACGAUCCUUUCCGCUUCAUGCACGAGAACAACAAGAAGUACAGCUUCGUGCUCAGCCUUUACGAGUACUUCGAGACUAUCCCGACCCUCUGGGACAGCGUUACCAAGUUCAUCAAGAACCACCCCGAACACAUUGCUGAGGGCAACUCCAUGGCUUUCCUCAGUGACGAUGGUGGCAAGACCUACAACAAGUGCCACUUUUGGUCCAACUUCGAGAUUGGUAGCCUCAACUGGCUUCGCUCCAAGGCCUACACCGACUACUUCGAGUCUCUGGAUCAGGAUGGUGGUUUCUUUUAUGAGCGCUGGGGUGAUGCUCCGGUCCACUCUAUUGCCGCCGGCUUGAUGUUGAAGAAGGAGGAGAUUCACUUCUUCAAUGACAUUGCCUACUAUCACGUUCCCUUCACUCACUGCCCCACUGGAGAGCAGUUCCGUCUCGACCGCAAGUGUCACUGCAACCCCAAGGAGAACUUUGACUGGAAGGGGUAUUCUUGCACUUCGAGGUACUACGAGCUUAAUGGUCUUCCGAAGCCAGAGGGCUGGCAAGACCAGUCAGAUUAG